CACGAGAAGCGGCGGCGGCGGCGGCGGCGGCAGGAGGAGCGGGCGCCUGUCCGGGGAGGGGGCGAGCAGCAUCUGCAGCCGCCAGGCCCAGGGUCGCGAUGUUGCCUGCGGCGCGGGCCGACUACCUGGCGCCCUGGUGGGCGUCGUGGCUGCACGGGCUGCCCCACUUGAGCCUCCGCCUGCAGCCGGUCUCCAGCACCUUCCGCCCGAGGGACGCCGACUACCAGCAGUCCCUGCUGCUCUUGGCUCUCGUGGGAGCUGUCUUUCUGGGCCUCAACCUGGUAUUCCUUGGUAUUUAUCUGAUCUGUCUGUGCUGCUGCAAGAGGGAGGAGGAGUCGGAGACAAAGAAGCCCAAUUCGUGCUGCAUCACCUGGACCGCUGUGGUAGCCGGCCUCAUCUGUUGUGCUGCUGUUGGCAUUGGUUUCUAUGGCAACAGCGAAACCAACGAUGGGGUUUAUCAACUGAUCUACGCCCUUAAUAAUGCUAAUCGCACUCUCUCGGAGAUUGAUUUGCUGGUCUCAAACACCUCUAUGCAGAUGAAGGUGGCUCUGGAGCAACACCUGGCGCGGCUGAACGAGAUUUUUGCCACCCGAGGCGACUACGUGCAGACGCUCAAGUUCAUGCAGCAGAUGGCAGGCAAUAUUGUGCUGCAGCUCUCGGGGCUCCCUGUCUGGAAUGACGUCACUGUAGACCUGUCUCAAGUCGCUGGUGAAGUUGGUUACGUGGAAUAUUACAGAUGGCUCUCCUACCUCUUGCUGUUCAUCCUGGACUUGGUGAUCUGCCUUAUUGCCUGCCUGGGCCUGGCGAAGCACUCCAAAUGUCUGCUUAUUGUGAUUCUAUGCUGUGGGCUUUUCACACUCAUUCUCAGCUGGUCUUCCUUUGCAGCAGAUGUUUCGGGAGCAGUGGGUACCAGUGACUUCUGCAUGGCUCCAGAUAAGUUCAUCAUGAACAUGACGCAAAGCGACCUCAGUGCAGUGAUUGUACGGUACUACCUGUAUUGCAGCCAGAGUCUGACCAACCCCUUCCAGCAGGCCCUGACCAUCUACCAGCGUUCUCUCACGACCAUGCAGAUCCAGAUCCAAGGCCUCAUGCAGUUUGCUCUCCCUCUUUUCCCUACUGCCGAGAGAGAUCUGCUAGGCAUACAGCAGCUACUGAACAAAUCAGAGGGCAGCCUCCACCAGCUGACCGCCAUGUUGGACUGCCGGGGCUUACACAAGGACUACCUGGAUGCCUUGAUUGGGGUCUGCUACGAUGGGGUGGAAGGCUUGCUGUACCUCAUUCUUUUCUCCCUCUUGGCUGCCGUGUCCUUCUCCACCGUCAUCUGUGCCGUGCCACGUGCCUGGAAGCAUUUAGCCAGCAGGGACCGGGAUUAUGACGACAUAGAUGAAGAAGACCCCUUCAAUCCGCAGGCCCGACGAAUUGCUGCCCACAACCCCAGCCGGGGGCAGCUCCGUAGUUUCUGCAGCUACAGUAGCAGCCUGGGUAGCCAGACCAGCCUGCAGCCUCCAGCACAGACCAUCUCCAACGCGCCAGUAUCAGAGUACAUGAACCAAGCUGUGCUCUUUGGUGGGAACCCACGCUAUGAAAACGUCCCACUGAUUGGAAGAGGAUCGCCUCCCCCCACGUAUUCUCCAAGUAUGCGAGCCACCUAUCUAUCGGUUAAUGAUGAUCACAGGCGACAGCACGGCCCCGAAUUUCCAGCCUAGCACUCACCUUGUAGACAAAAGCCCACAACAAACCAUGUUGCUAUAGUGGGAAACCCAGUGACAACUUGAAGGCGCACGGACAGCAGGGGAAAGAGAAUUGCCUCCACAGCGAUGCAGAAGGGCUCUCUGAGAGGGAGUUGGCUGAAGAAGACACCCGCUGGCACUAUGGGUAACCUUCCAGGGAUUAUCCCAGGUGCUCGACCGACGGCCUUUUCUCUCUCACAAUGUUUAGUCUUCCUCCCUCGCACAUGAAGGAUGGUACCCAGUGCUUCCAUCCUUUGAGGGAACUGCUCCGAAGUCUCCUCGACUCGCCAUUUCCUCCUGAUCCCUUCCUGCCACCAGUGCAUUGCCCUCCCCAAACCUCUUUUUUUUUUUUUUGGUGGAGACGGGGUGAAAUUAGGGUUUGGACUGUCAGAAGUUUAUGCACAGGCUUUCCCUCUGCACUGACUUGAGGGCUAGGUUCCCACCCCCAUUGUUGAUGGUGUGGUUCGGGCUUCUUUUUUUGUUUUUGUUCGUUUGAUUGUUUUAUUAAGAGCAAAUAACAAAGACCAGUACACUGUACAAGUAAAAAACAAACAAACACUGAUCCGCGGCGUACAGUGAGCUAAGGGAAGUUGGGCUGCUUUCCACGAAAGAAAAACACACCCCACUUUUUGGAGUCAAACGCUAGAGCGAAUUUUCUUUUUUUCCCCUCUAGAGAGGUCUCUGCACAAAAAAAAAAAGCCUAUUUCUGGCUGCUACUUCAUCAUCUCCAUUGCCCUUUUCAUAGCACCUGUUUGGUGUAGAAUGGUACGAGAUUCACGCUCAGUGUUCUCCCUUCGUCAUCGGUUACUAGAAUUAACAUACAGUUCAGCCAACAUUGCUUCGAUGGCCUCAGGUAUUAUUUAGAACAAACUGGGUUUGUUUUGUUCUUUUAUGCAUUUUGUUUGUUCUUUGUAUUACAAUAAUUGUUGUUAUUCUUUCCAGUGUUUUUAUAUCGGCUAUCCAAAGAGCAUAACCUCUUUCUCUCUCUCUCUCUCUUUCUUUUUGUCUUUUAAAAGAUUUUUAUUAUUAUUAAUUACAUGUGAGGUGAGUUAUUUUUUAAUAUGUUGAAUAAUUUACAAAUUUCUGUUUUUAGCACUGAUUUUUCUUAAUCAAAUGCCAUUGCCCGUGCAGGAGAAAACUUUGACGUAUUCAAGCAUUCUUUUCUCUCAGUGCGCUGGGGCAGGGCGGGGCGGGGUGGAUAAAAAUAACAAUGAAAAUUGGGUUGGUAUGUAGUAGGGAGAAAUGGCUCUGACCAUUGCCAAGAAGGUGCCGCUGACAGACAAUGUCCCUUGAGAGUAAUGUCUCGUCUGUUUUUGUCCAGUCGUGGACUAUGGAACACCUACUGUCUUUAGAGACUCUUGAAAGUUAUCGAUGCUAAUCGAGGGAGUCCUUUUAAACUAGAACUGGUGCUCAUCACUGCAGCGAUUGUAGCACAACUUUGGCUGUCAAUAGAAAUGGAACGCGAUUUCCCAUUUCCACCCAGUACUGAAGAGAGGGAUUCUCUUUUGCCCUUCUUCUGUGUCUCUGAGUUAAGUCCAGCUCAUGGACAUAGCCAGGAUUUAUUGGGGGGGGGGGCCACAGGACACCCGCCUGUCAUCACCCUCUGUCUAGCAGAUUUCGGAAUGAAAUGUCUCAACAACAACCAUUUUAAAUUGCUUUCUUUUUUUUGACCUCAAGUGCUCAGAAAAAUCUGUCAAAAAUCUCCAGUCAUUUGAAAACUAGGAAUUUAAAUGAAAAAUUAACGUCAGGGAGUGCUUUUCAUGCGGUAUGUUUUGCAAAAUUACAAAGGGCACAUCUUUUUUCAUCCUUUAAAAAAAAAACUAAAACAAGUUUUCUUGGACUGGCUGAAAACCUUUUCAGCACUUCCUUCUCAAAUUUCUCUCCCCCCCCCCAAGUUUUCUGUGCACCCUCAGUGAGCCCCGCCCAUUGAGACGCUCAUUGAGAGUCCAUCGUUGACCUUAACCAGGUCUUUACUCUCCACAGGGUACUGGAUGAAUGGCUGAGCAAGGGCCUUUUUCAUGGUAAAAGAGUAAAAGAUUUCUGCCACUUUUACUAGGUCCGCUGUGUUCAGCUCUUUUAACUGCUCUUUGCUGAGUUUCUUCUCCUUCCGCAUGGUGAACCACAGCUCAGCUUCGGAGUCUAAAUCUUGCAACUUAUAAAAAACUAAAACUUACUUUUAGCUAAGUUUUUUAUUUAUUUACUUGAUUCGGGCGGGCAGCUGGCACGCACGCACACACACACACACUGCUCCCCUAGCUAUGCCCAUGGUCCAGCUGGCAAUGGAUGAAUUUCUGGGGGGGGGGAGAGAAUCCAAGUAGGUCUAAAUCAGGCACCCCCAAACUUCGGCCCUCCAGAUGUUUUGGACUACAAUUCCCAUCAUCCCUGACCACUGGUCCUGUUAGCUAGGGAUCAUGGGAGUUGUAGGCCAAAACAUCUGGAGGGCCGCAGUUUGGGGAUGCCUGGUCUAAAUGGAUGAGUGGAAUGUCAGUUCACUUCCAGGACAUCCUUUUACUCAGGGGUAGUCAGUGUGUUGCCGUCUAGAUCAGGCAUAGGCAAGCUCUGCCCUCCAGGUGUUUUGGGACUAUAACUCCCAUGAUCCCUAGCUAACAGGACCAGUGGUCAGGGAUGAUGGGAAUUGUAGUCCCAAAACAUCUGGAGGGCCGAGUUUGCCUAUGCCUGCUCUAGAUGCUGUUGGAAUUCCACCUCCCACCACCCUUGUGGAUUCUCCUUCCUUGGAAGUUUUUAAGCAGAGGUUGGAUAGCCAUCUGCCAUGGAUGCUUUAGCUGAGAUCCUGGAUUGCAGGCGGUUGGGCUAGAGGACCCUUGGGUUUCCCUUCCAACUCUACAACUCUAUGAUUCUAUCCCUGACCCAUGGGCCAAUCUCACUGGGGCUGGUGGGAGCUGAUUUCAACAACGUCUGGGAGAUUCUACGUUGGCCACUCCUGCCUUACAGGUCUGGUUUCAGCUUUUCCCAAAAUCCGUUUUAACUCUCCCCUCCCUUCUUUCGUUGGUGAGGUCAAAUUUGCUCAGGCAGAUUUUCCCAAUGAACUUGCUCCACAUUUUGUACCUUGGUGUCGCAGGAACAGAAAGCAAUAUAUAUAAGCCCUUCUCGUGGGAAACACAAAGGUGCGACAGUUAACCCACACCAAAGCACAACAACUAAAAAUAAAAAAAGGCCAGAAAGCGUUUGUCAAACCUGGGCAAUUGGCAGGAUUUCCCUUGAGUAAUGCCUCGCCCACUUUUCUCCAGCAAUGGGCAGGAUUGCAAGGGAGACUUUUCAAGCAGCAUCAGCCUGGCUGAGUAGCAUUUGGGCUGCACAAAUGCUUCAGAAAUGCUUCUGCCCAACCACUGCCCACGAUCUAAGAGUGCUAAAAAACUGCAGAGGUACAAAAAGUUGCCCUCCUAAGGUUUUAAUUACUUGACAUCAACGACUCACUGUGUCUUUUAUCAAGGAUAACUUGUACAUAUCAUGUAUGGCAACAUAAUUUAUACAUUCAUCUUAUAUGUGGCUGUGUACAACUUCUUAAGGCAUGGGGGGCGGGGAGAGCCCUGGUUUUACGCUGUUUAAUCGUCUCAUUGUAACGAUGCCGUUCAGUACUUUUUUAAAUAAAUAAAAAAAACCGCAUGCGAGCUAACCUCAUCUCGGGCUCCUUUUGGAGCUGUGCCUGAUUUGUAUGUACUGACUGGGAAAUGAAUAAUAAACACUUGUACUAAAAUAAAAAUUAAAAA